GGCUGGGUCUCAUGGGUGACUUCACAGUGGGCAGGGCGCUGCCCACUGCCACAGUGCAGGUCCACCAUGCUAACCUCCCUGUGGCUGCUGCUCAGUUUUGCUGCCCCCUUGCCAGGAUUCUAUGUCUCCUUCAGCUGCCCCAACAGGAAACAAUGCCAAAAAGCCCUCCUCUCAGACAAUGACAUCUUCUUGCCCUGCAACUCUUCUGAGUCUCGGUGGUACUUCUUCCUCCUGCAAGAUGAGGCCAGCUGGUCCAACCCACUCUCCAGUGCCACCAACAUAGAAGUUGUAGCUGACAGCGGCAUUCUCAUUAGGAGUCCGUCGCCCUCCCAGACGGGCUUCUAUCACUGCCGGGACAAGAACGGCACCCAGCUGGUGCAGUACGAGAUUGACUUCCAGGAUGUCAGCACCCUACACAUAACACACAAGGGACUGGGUCAGAAGCCCCUACAGAAUGAGACCUUGAGUCUGGGUGGCAAAGGGAUCAUCUUCACCCACUGGGAGCCCUGGCAGGACUGCAACCGCUGUGGGGGGCCGGGUGAGCGGAAACGCCUGGGGUAUUGCUACAUUGAGGAGCCCCAGGAAACGCCCCUGCCCUGCUGGCUCUACCUGGGAAAUAUGAAGGUGGGGUCCAGCCGCCUGCGGCCCGAGAUGCAGGUGGAAGCCUGCUAUGUCCCGUGCACGAUGUUGAUGUUGGAUUACAUCGCCUUUGACAACUUUGAGAUCAGUGAGGAGUUGGGAUCUGCGUGGCUCACCUGCCCCCUGGGAUCUAUCUACAGGCCUGUCCUCUGGGAAGCCGACAACAUGCCCCUGACUUGGCAGGGCCAGCUCUCCAACCAGGACUUGGACGCCAUUCUGGAACCUUCCAAUGGUGGCAUGCAGCUGCAGGUCUACCAGCCAGGCAUUUACAAGUGCUUUGUGCAGCAGGAGCUCAUGGCCCGGUUCAGCCCCAAGCCCUUCCGGGACAGGGCGGAGACUCUCGGGGAAGAGGAAGGCAGGCCACACCGGGAGGCAGGGGAGACCUGGAAGGGGAAGGCCCGCCCCGUCCACAAGGGGCUAAAGGUGGUGCUGCUGCUGGGCACAGUCCUGGGCCUGCUCGGGGUGCUGCUCAAGACCUUCCACCCUCCCCGGGGCAAACGCCGUGACCAGAUGCUGCUGGUGAAAUAAAGCAAGCCCUCUGUGCCCGGAA